UGUCAAUUUCUUAAUAUUAUAUCGGUAAAAAUGGUUAAUUGGAAAAAAAAUGUAUUUUGUAAAUUGUAAAUAAAUAGAGACGAAGUUUUGAUUCAUUCUUUGAAAGGGGAAUUUUUGUUUUUACAUGCGUUUCAAAACGAUAGUGAAAUAAAUAUAUUUUUUUAAAUCGACAGUAUUAACAAACAAUGGAGAAAACUGUUGAAUUGCUAAAGUGGAAGCGUCCAGAUUCAUCAACAUUUUGUAGAUUUGAUCAACGAUAAAUUGGCUAUCGAAGAUUUAACAUCGAUGUGGCGAACAGUAAUCGAGCAAAAGACAGUUUUAGUCUGUUUUAAAGAGGGAUUGAAUGAAAUUGUUGGUAUAAGCAUGAACUAUGUCACAUGUAAAGAUGAUCAUUUCUAUGAAAGUAUUUGUCGGCAGAAUAAAAGUGAAAACAAUAAUAGAAUGUACGAUGUAUUCCGUGUAUUGUUUGAUAAUUUUGAUAUAUAUGAACACUACGGAGUUGAUUACUACAUGAACGGUGCUGGUCUUGCUGUUGCUCAAAAAUAUCGCGGUCGAGGUAUUGGUUUGGAAUUUCUGAAAACAAGAAAAUCAUUUUGCAACAUGUUCAGAAUAGAAUUAACUUCAACAAUUUUUACAUCAAGUUUUUCGAAUAAUAUCGCGGAUAAGGCUGGAUUUAAGCUCGACAAAAUAAAUAGCUACGAGGAAAUCCGCAUUAAGCAUCCGCAUCUCAAAUUGCCUCAUAUUAAUAGCGAUGCAUUAACCCUUAAAUCAAUGAAAUUUUAAAGAUGAUAGAUUUCAGCAGGGAGGAGGAACGGUGAGGAGCAAAAUGAGGAGAAGAGCGCUGAGUUGGUUCGUCCUCCUCAGCGCUUACCUCCUCACCGCUCACACUCAGCGCUCACCCCCUCUCCGUUCAUCCUCCUCACCAUCAGAGGAGCAAUCCCUGGAUUUCAAGAAUAUUUUUAAAAUAGAAAAAAACACGAUUCCUUUUCGAACACUGUCAGAGAGAUAAGAAAUUUGGAAAAUAAAUACACAGGUGUUAUUUAAAACGUGAAUGCCAUUAAAUGCA